GCGGCGAGGAUCCUCCGGGCCGAUGAUGCACCCUCGCUAUUUGUGACCCCUUUCUGCUCUUCCGUCCUUUUCUUCUCCUCCAUCCUCUUCCGCAGCUUUCUCUCAUAGUAUAAAUUCGCCACCCUCCCCUCCCCCUCUGUCGCAAUCCUUACUCGCUUUUCCCCUCUUAGCCGACUUAAUUACGAGCGGCUUAUUCCCUCGCGCGCUCGCGAUUCGGACUUCUGCCAGACAGCCACGUCCUCGUUCCUGUCGCCCAUCAUCUCCUCCCUUACAAUCUCCACACCACGGCGCUUCUUGGGACAUCUUGUUCUGCAAUCUGGCGCGUAAAAAGAUAGCCUGCACUUCCUAACUGAUAAUUGAUAAUCUGUUCCAAUCAAAAUGUCGGCUUUCCGCAAGUUUGUCGGUAACAAAAACGCGGGCAUAUCUGCAUCAGAGGGUGAUCAAGAUCCAACCGAUGCAUCCUUGCUACCGCGCGCAAACGCCGACGAAGAGCGUCUGUGGGGGAUAGAAAACUUCUCCAACUCUUGCUUCUGCAACUCAGUUUUGCAAGCUCUAUACGCGUGUUCCACGUUCCGCGAUUUCGUGGAAGCUUAUCCCGAUAUCCUGCCGCCUCGGCGACCGAUUGGACCUUCACAGGUGGAAAAAAGGUAUCCCAGCGUCGAAUGGGAUGGCCCAGUUCCGGGAUGGGACCCAUCCAUUAGACUAAAUAAGGAACAUAGGGCUUUCAUUGCCCUGCAGGAGGCGAAUACUUCAAUGACUCCUGGCGGAAAGGAAAAAAGGAAUUGGAUGGGUCGGAAAAUGUCUUCCGCACAAUCCGCUCCGACAUUGGCGACCCUUCAAGCCAGCCAGCCCGAACCACUUCCAAGUUUACCAAACCCUUUCCCCAAUUUUGACGAUCCUCUGCUGGUCAGAACGCCUGCAUCGGACAAUGACCCGCCUCUUACAUUGUUCCAGACUUUCCAGACGCUUUUCUACUAUUUCUCACAUUCUCCGCCUCACAUGCCCAUCAAAGGCAAGGGUCAGACGAAGGACUCUGAAGGCGCUCUCAUUGAGUAUACCGAAGAGGAAAAAGUGGAUGAUUCGGGUGUCGAGGUGCCUGAGAAAGCCUCUUCAUCGAAUCAAGGCCAGCCCGCUCAAUCAACUUCAGCAUCGUCGCAGCAAACUCAGAGUCAAGGCCAGAACGCUCAGUCUUCAGGUCCUUCGAAACUUGCCUCCCUUCCACCGCCCUCCACAUUUCGUGAAACAGGUGCUUGGCGAGCAGGUCAGCUUGGCUGGGGUGUUGUCCAGCCUAACGACGUCAUGGAUGCUGUCAAGCGCUCUGCGCCAUCUUUCAACAACGACGAUCAACAUGAUGCACACGAAUUCUUCAGUGUUGUAGUCAACACUCUCGCCAAAGAAGUCGACGCUGUCAAUGAAAAAUUGAGAGCGCAAGGGAAAGAAGUGGCGAAGAUGACUGCGCCCUGGGCAAAGACAUUUGUCGAAGCACUAUUUCAAGGUAUCACUACCAGUGAGACAAAGUGUCUGAGCUGCGAAACAAUAUCUUCUCGAGACGAAGAAUUCAUUGAUUUGUCUGUGGAUAUUGAGCAGCACUGCUCUAUCACCUCCUGCCUCCGCCAAUUUUCCUCAGACGAAAUGAUGUCCGGAAGGGAGAAAUUCUCUUGCGAGUCCUGUUCUGGUCAUCAAGAGGCGAAGAGAAGCAUUAGGAUCAAACGGCUCCCGCCUAUCUUAGCUGUCCAUCUGAAAAGAUUUGCCCACAAUGAGAGUUAUAGAGCCAUCAAGUUGUUUUACCGGGUAAAUCAUCCCACGACUCUGAUCCCACCCAACACAACAGAUAAUUGUGAAAACCCCGACCAAAUUUAUGACCUUGUGGCGAUUAUGGUGCACAUUGGAAACGGUCCUGUUCAAGGCCAUUAUGUAACGGUCAAGCGAACGCCUUCUGGUCGUUGGGUCAUGUGUGAUGACGAUAAUAUUGAGGCCAUUGAGGAAAAUCAGCUAGAGUACUGGCUUGGUAACCGCACCCAGGGCCAAGGCUAUGUCUUAUUUUAUCAGGCGCGGGGCAUCACUGCCGAACACUUGGGUUUGAAAGUGGAAAAGCGAAAGCCCAAUGGAGUAUUUGAGCCCGUUGGAGAGGGCGUCAGAUAUGCUGAUGGUUAUGGACAAGCUCCCGCUAUGGCGCCGGUAGCCUCAGCUACCCUGAAUAAUGUCAGGACUGUGAAUGGUGUAAGGGAGGAAGAGGAAGAGGAAGUCGCCUCGAGUUCGGGGUCAAUUUCAGUCUCUGUACCUGGUCUAAAGCCGUUGUCAUUGGCUUCGCCAGUCUCGUCACCUUCCGCUACACCCAGCAGUGUUGGCUCCCGCGUUGAUCGCCAACUUGGCUUCAAUACACCCGCAAAUGGGGUAGCGCAUGAGUCUACGGCACGACCACCACUCAAAAAGGAACUUAGCGACAAAAAAUGGUUUCGUCGCAUGUCCAUGUCAGGUAUAUCCUCAUCUGCCAAGGACAAAGAAAAGACCUCUAAUAGCAAAGACAAACCGGUUAAUGGCCUUUCUAACGGAGGUACUACCCCCCUUGCCGAGUGCCGGACGGACACGUCAUCCUCGGCGGACGUGACCUCCCUAACGACUGGUCAACCAACGUCAAUCCCGAAGUCGCAGAAAAGAUCCCUAAACAGUGCCAUACCCUCUGCCCGCUCUUGGAUGGGAAGGGCGGAAAAGACACAUGGAAAAAUAUCGAGAUGAUUGCGCACAGUGUGGAGUUGAGGUCCGUACGCGAGGCGGGAUUGAGGUGCGAGAUGGAGGAGAGAGCGCUAGCGGAAAAAGUGAAGCAGGUUUGGCUACAAAGGGAGAGAAGGUAGGGAUGGGAGGAAGGUUGGUACUUGGGAUAGGCAGUGUAUGUACAGUGUCAGUAUGUAGAUGGAGUCGUUGUACAGUAGGUAUAGGGGAUUAUACGAAAAUACAUCUUCACAGGUUCUCACUAUGCAAUAUCUCUGCUA